AUGGCGCCGUGGAAAGGCCUCUGGGGCGGCAGGGCCGUCCUCGCCGGCCGCGACGCCUACCGCGGCACCCCGGUCGUCGUCCGGAUGGAGAACCCCAACAGCUGGUCCAUCUCCGAGAUCGACGACGACGAAGACGACGAUGACUACGGCGGGGGCCGGAGGCGGCGGCGGAGGAGGAGGAGGGGCAAGAACGCGAAGCGGAUCAUCUGGGUGCUGCUCCUCAAGGCGCACCGCGCCGCGGGGUGCCUGGCGUGGCUGGCCUCCGCGGCCGUCACGCUCGGGUGCGCGGCGCGGCGCCGCGUCGCGGCCGGCCGGACGGACGCCGACGACGGAGCGCCCGCGCCCGUCCCCGCGUCCGCUCCCACGAGUCCGCCGCCGCGGCGUUCCCGGCUCUACGCGUUCAUCCGGGCGCUGCUCCUGCUGUCGCUGUUCCUCCUGGCCGCCGAGCUCGCCGCGCACGCCAACGGCCGGCGCUUCGCCGCCGCUGCGGUGUCGCUCGGCUCGCUCCACGCCUCCUGGGUGCGCUUCCGCGCCGCCUACGUGGCGCCGCCGCUCCAGCGCCUCGGCGACGCCUGCGUCGCGCUCUUCCUCGUCCAGAGCGUCGACCGCGUCGCCCAGAGCCUCGGCUGCCUCUACAUCCGCCUCAGGCGCGUCAGGCCCGAGCCCGUGUCGCCGCCGGCGGUGCCCGACGCCGAGGACCCCGGCGCCGGCUACUUCCCCAUGGUGCUCGUCCAGAUACCAAUGUGCAACGAGAAGGAGGUGUACCAGCAGUCCAUCGCGGCGGUCUGCAACUUGGACUGGCCGAGGUCCAGCCUGCUGGUGCAGGUGCUGGACGAUUCCGACGACCCCGUCACGCAGGCACUGAUCAGGGAGGAGGUGGACAGGUGGCGGCGCCACGGCGUGUGCAUCGUGUACCGCCACCGCGUGCUCAGGGAAGGGUACAAGGCCGGCAACCUCAAGUCGGCGAUGAGCUGCAGCUACGUCAAGGACUACGAGUACGUGGCCAUCUUCGACGCCGACUUCCAGCCUUACCCUGACUUCCUGCGGCGCACGGUGCCGCAUUUCAAGGACAAUGAGGAUUUGGGGCUGGUGCAGGCGCGGUGGUCGUUCGUGAACAAGGAUGAGAACCUGCUGACGCGGCUGCAGAACAUCAACCUGUGCUUCCACUUCGAGGUGGAGCAGCAGGUGAACGGCGUGUUCAUCAACUUCUUCGGGUUCAACGGCACGGCCGGGGUGUGGAGGAUCAGGGCUCUGGAGGAUUCAGGGGGCUGGAUGGAGCGGACCACCGUCGAGGACAUGGACGUCGCGGUCCGGGCGCAUCUCAAAGGCUGGAAGUUCAUCUUCCUCAACGAUGUGGAGUGCCAGUGCGAGUUGCCGGAGUCGUACGAGGCUUACCGGAAGCAGCAGCACCGGUGGCAUUCAGGGCCAAUGCAGCUCUUCAGGCUGUGCUUGCCGGACAUCAUCAGAUGCAAGAUGGCGGUGUGGAAGAAGGCGAACCUGAUCUUCCUCUUCUUCCUGCUGCGGAAGCUGAUCCUGCCCUUCUACUCCUUCACGCUCUUCUGCAUCAUCCUGCCGCUGACCAUGUUCGUGCCCGAAGCCGAGCUCCCGGACUGGGUGGUGUGUUACGUCCCCGCGCUCAUGUCGCUGCUCAACGUGGCGCCGGCGCCCCGGUCGUUCCCGUUCGUGAUCCCGUACCUCCUGUUCGAGAACACCAUGUCCGUGACCAAGUUCAACGCCAUGGUGUCCGGCCUGUUCCAGCUCCGCGGCGCCUACGAGUGGGUGGUCACCAAGAAGUCCGGCCGCCCGUCGUCGGAGCAAGGCCUCGCCGCCGCGCCGGCUACCAAGUGCCAGCAGCAGCGGGAGGAUGAGGAGGCCGUGACGGAGCAGACUGGGACGACGAGGACGAGGAGGUACAACCGGAUGUACAAGAAGGAGCUGGCGCUGUCGCUGCUGCUGCUGACGGCCGCCGCCCGGAGCUUGCUGUCGAAGCAAGGGAUGCACUUCUACUUCCUGCUGUUCCAGGGGGUCUCGUUCCUCUUGGUCGGCCUCGACCUCAUCGGCGAGGACGUGAAAUGA